AGUAAAAUAUCUACGAGAGGUGACUCCGUACUUCCGCAAGGCCAGCAUCAUCUCUGAAGUUGGCUGGGAGUUGCAGCGUGGCUUCCUGUCAUCAGCGCCCCCUGCUUAUCGCUCUCCCCAACGAGCUGACACCCGCUACCUCCCACUACAGCUCUGUCAUCUAGCUAGAAACUUUCGAUUCCCAGAUCCUGAGGGUCGCACCUUAGAACUGCACUCUCCGGAUGCUGUUCAUAGCUGCGUGCUACGCGCGGUUGACGUGACAGAUGCAGCCGGUUGGUUCAACGCCCUCCAUUCCGCGCUUGCGCGGUUGACACAGUUGGCGCUCAGGGAUGCGGUCAGGUGUUUGCCGAUGCCUGAACUCAGGCACAUGGGAUGGUUGCUCAGGAGACAGCCUACUACCAUCAAUUCCACUGAGCCACCUUUGUCAUCAUCAGACAGCUCGGACGACACCUCAUCGGCAUGGCAAUCGGUAUUCGCAGUAGUGACGGACCUUGAGGUGCGUUUCUACGAGGCCGCCCCUUGGUCUGCGGAGGCCUGGCGGGCUCCAGCCGAGGCGUACCCAUUAGCAGCUGCUCGUUUGGUUGCGGCCCCUAGCAUUCCGGGCAGUGGCCACCGCACCACCGAGUUUGGCAUUCGAUGCGCGACGACGAGGGGCGUUGUGGCACAUCGCUUGCGAGCUGAGACGCAUCGGGAUCUUGCCCAGUGGGCGCGCCAUCUAGUGGACGGAGCACAUCACAGUGCUGUGCAACAGAGGGAACUGGUUUGUCGAUGUGUUUGGAAAGGGCGGCCAGCGCAAUUGAUAAUACACUACGAGAACGGGUUCACGCUAUUGGAAACAACAGGAGCUGGUGCUAGAACUUUAUGGAGGAACUUGAUUUGGAAGGAUGUCCAAAGCCAGUGGUAUUCAUACUGCACAAUUUUCUAUCCGCCAAAAUUCAUCGACUUGGGCUGACUGCCUAAGAAGUAUUUCUGUCAAUUUUAUAACUACGUUAUAUAUACAUUAUAUAAUUUUUUACAAGCUAUAGUUGUGUAAGAUACUUGUAUGGUAGUUAAUGUCCCCGUCUAAUUGUGUAGUUUUUAGAUGAUGCUCCUACUAUCAAAGCCAUCUUGAAAACUGGUUUAUUCGUUUUUAUAACUAUUUUUGCACGUAACAGAUAAAAUCGUUACUUUUCUCAUCUACGUCGACAUUGUUGAACAAUAUUAACGCAUCAUGUUUUAUAAAAAAUCUGGAUCCAAAAUAUUUCCUAAUCACAAUAAUAUGACCCAGGAAAAACGAUUUUUCAUAUAUUUCGUUAAUACUUAAUGCUAUUUAGUCAUCAUCCUAUGAGACUACCGUUUUUCCUUUUUGUUUUAAACGCAAGUUAACUUGUUCUUACUUAUGCAGGGGAUUUGAUUUCAUCCAUUUUGUAACCAGAGAACCGUCUGGUUUACCUUAAACUUAGGUUAUGUUGGAGUGCAUCUGAAAUUUAGGAAUACAGUAUUUUCACUGAAUCAAAGUAGUUACGUCACAACGUCAAAUAAUGACAGUAACGCACAUGGUUGCCACAUUAAAUAAAACUACUAGAUCCUAGGACGUUUUAUAAAAUCUACUUCAUGUCUUCGAUGCUUAAGAGGACACCCCAAAGUUUUGAAAAAAACUGUUUUUAUAAAAUAACAAUGCAAAUAUUGAGGCAAAAAGAACGAAAAUAAACCACAAAUAAACAACAGCCGUUGGCGUAAUUAUUAUACCUGACAAGCUUUGCGACAAUGUCCCAACACAGAAAAGUGUUACCAAUAUAAAUGUACCCGGGAAAUUCAAACUAUACGUACCAAUCUAUUCUAUUUGGCAUUAAAUUUACUAUAUAUGAAGUAACUGCUUUGUUUCAGUGAAAGGACUAUAAAUUGCAUUUUAAGAACGCAUAUUCCAAACAAACAUGGUAAAUGUCAUAAUGCAAGCGAGAAAUAUAUUCUGCCGCCAUUAAGCUGGCACCGGACGGUGAGCGAUAAUAUAAUAUAUAUUAUAUCCUGCAUAUUACAGAAAUAUCGCUCCAUGUCUAAACCUAUUGAGACGCCACGCACGAACGCUAUAAGAUAUAUUUACAUCCCAGCGAUAUAUUAAGUAUCUGUCGGGAUAUGCUUACCGAGCGAUAUUCUGUGCUGUAUCGUGCUAUAUCUAUUCCCCUCUUGAGUCGCGUCACCCGUAAAUGCCCACGAACCGCUCUUGCUGGCAGCCGGCUUGGCGCGAUGCUGCUAUUUUAUUAUUUGUUCUUGCACUUCGGAAUUCGCAAUAGACAAAAUGGAGUAUUUUUUUGAAAGUGUAAGAAAACGUCCAUGUUUAUGGAAGGUAGACUCGAACGAGUAUGAAAAUAAUGAGAUUAGAGAAGCAGCUUGUAGGAGUAUCAUCGCUGAUUGCGAUAUAUCCGGCGGUAUGAACUUGUAAAUAUUUAUUUUUAUAUACAUAGGUAGUUUGAAAACUAAUACUAGGGAAGCCCAAGAGGGGAUUUUAGGAUUUACUCAAGCGCGGCAGAUUAACAUAUAGGGGAUACCUUGUUAAUUAAAUACACUGUGUACACCACAGAUUACCAGAUCAGCCUACGCACAGGAAUGCUGAAAAAUCGGUAGGUUCGGCAACACUGCUAGAAAGAUAUGAAAAUAUAUAUUCUGUAGUCCAUUGCAGUCAUAAUAUAAUAUUAUAGCGUAUUGUACGACUAUAAUAUAUAUUAUAUUAUCGCCCACCAUCCGUUGCCAGCUUUAGGCUGUUAGCUUAACCGUGGAGAAAAUGUGACGUCGGAUUGCGACAGCCUGCAAUAAUAAUAAUAAUCAAAACGGUAACUUAUAUCAAAAUAAUGCUCUACUAGAUUUUACCAUGGUAGAUACUGAAAAUUCCUAUGAUAUUAUAUACUCGUAAGUAACUAGUCCAUGAACUCACUCGGUUGUGGUUAUUCAUGGUGCCUUUUUUAUCGCCAAUCCGUAUUAUGAGCAUUAAAUAUUGAUUUUGAUUUUUUGGUAUGAAAUACUUGUCAUUUGAUGACGUUAUUACAGCAAAUGGAUUAAUGGAUUGAACGAGCUGAGGGUAGGUAUAAUAAUAUCCAGCCAAACCAGACUCUCAACUUCUUGCGGAGCCAUAUUCACUUUGAACUGUAAACCAGAAGGACGAGUUUUAAGAUUAAAAAGCUACUCAGUGGCAGCGAAGAAAAAGGCCAAAAACAAAAAUCAUAAAUAUCGCUCAAACCUCGUUUUCCGACGAUCCUCAUAAUUUUUGAAAAAAAUUUCAGAGGUAAAAAAAGCGGCUAUGGUAGGAAGCGGUGCGGCGACAUGCGAGUACGGGUAUUAUUUCUACUGUAUCUUAUAUAAGUAUGAGCGUUAUGCUUGGAGCUAUUAUAAUCAGAAGUCAAAUAUUGUAGACAGGCCGUUUUACACCAGAGCUCCAAAGAAAUGAGUUUCGCGUUUACGGACACGCUCAAUGCUGUAAUCUGAGGAAAGUUUUUUCAUGAAAAGUCUAAAUAGUUCAAUUUUUAUUCUGACAAAUGUCUUUUUGGUGUAAUUGCACUACAUGUAAAAUUGUUCUAAAAGUUGUUUUGAAGUCGUGAGUAUAGAGUCAAUAUACAUGACACCAUUUUUUUACAUUAUAUCGAAUUUUUACGUAAUAUUCCGGCAGAGCCAAAUGAAAUCAAAUAUAAGGGUGUAGACCGUUGGCGUUUGAGCUUACAGUCGAAAAGCAAUAAAAAGUCAGUCUCGGAACUGAGUUACGCGAAGAGUACUUACCAAAUGAAUAUGAAUGAAUUACAUUGCAAGUUGCGAGAAAAUAAGAAUUAAAAUGAAAACUCGUCACAGAUUUCCAAUUCAUAAAAGAACCUAGGACAAAAAAAUAAAUCAAUGAUGUUUGAACCGCAGAAUUGUGAGGUUAGAAUUUAGAAUAUAAACCCUAUUUAACGAAUAUCCAUUACAUUAGAAGGACAGCUGAUUAUCUAGUAAUAUUGCAAAAUUCCCCUCAUCGGUAAAGGUCACAUAAUUCUGAUGGAUCCUUCAAUGCCAGGUAGACAGAGCCAUAUUUUGUGUUGGUUUUUUGUACGCUACAGAUUCAUUUUGUACUUGCUAAAAGCUCUUUUAUUUAGAAAAUUUCAUAUUCAUACAAAAAACAAAACGCAACAAACAAGAUUUACUAGAUUUACACCCGAUUCAUUACUGCCAACGUUGUAGACUAACACAAAAAUGUCACUUGCUGAUCAUCUGGCAUGCGUUUGUAAAUCACUUGGUAAUGUAAUACCGUACAUAGUAAUGGAAUGUAGAUUGACAUACGAAAUUCUCUGGAAUACCACUGGAAUACUGUGAAACUUUAUUUUCAGAACGCCUAAAUUAUUACAGACUAAUUUCUAACCACGUUUUUUGCGAUCAUUGUAAUUAUAAUAAGAGAUCCUAGGGAUGGGGGGUAGCAUUUAUCAUGAAAAAUAUAUAUUCUGCCAAUUUUGAGCAGUUGUUGAUAACCAAAUAAAAUAAACAAACAAUGAACCAUGAGAAUGAUAAGUGACAGAACUCUUAUUCCUAAGGUUUUCAGCUCGGGAAGAAAAGCACACUUUUGACGUUUCAGAAGAGUUAUGUUCUAUUUCCGAACGCAAGUAACAUGUACGUCAAACAAUUACGAACGCUAAAAUUGUUACAGAGUAGUACAAAGUACACUCUUAACAAUUUACGAACCCAGCCCUGUUCACCUCAUUAGACGUCAAAACGUAAUGGAUGCUCUUGAAAAAUACCAUAGAUAUUUGUAAUCGUAACAUGACCUCAAAAUAGAGCGCUGACUUGGAACAGUAGAAAACUAUGAAAACCAAGGAGGCCAUUAAGGCGCCCUACAAUUGUACGAACGACUGACGAUACGGCCCUUAAUAA